AUGGUUUUGAUGUCUAGGAUUAUCUCUAUGUUUCUUCUUGUCGAAUUAGCGCUUGGUACUGGCGCGAGGCGUGGCGGAGUUCCAGUGCCAUCACUAGCUUUGAAGCCUCCAUUAUUAGAUCGUCUGCAUUCCAAAACUACUUAUUCUUGCGAAGGCAAUGAGCUUCAUGUGGGUUGUGAAGAAGGCAAACUAAUCCGCUUAAUCCGAGCCAAUUAUGGGCGAUUUAGUAUUAGCAUGUGCAAUGACAAUGGACAAGUAGAUUGGAGUGUCAACUGCAUGUCCUACAAGUCUUUCCUAAUAAUGCAGGAUCGAUGUAGUCAAAAGCAAAGCUGUGGUAUUGGUGUUUCAAGCACCAUAUUUGGGGACCCUUGUCCCGGAACUCUAAAAUAUUUAGAAGUUCAGUAUCAGUGUGUACUGCCAUCAUUUUUUACAACAACGACCAAAAAAUCUACUAUUGCAACAAACAGCUCAUUACCAAUAGAUUUUGAUGUAGCCCCUGAUACUACAUUGGGUACUGUGUUAGAAACUUUGAGUGAUCCUGAUAUCACAGUACCAGUUACACCCCCUUCUAGUAGCAGUAGUACAACAACUACUACUACAACUACAGAAAAAUAUUCUCAACAGAGUGUUAGCCUAGUCACAUCAAGUACAUCAACAACAACAACUGAAUCACUAACAACUGAAAGAACUACAGCAGUUCCCACUGUGCCUCCUAAUCACUGUCCACCAAUUGUUAUUAAUGAAAUCCAGUGGGAUUGGACCAAAGCUGGUACAGAAGCAAUUCACCGGUGCCCUGGUGGUGCUACAGGACUUGCAAGGUGGCAAUGUGCAAGUGAUCCUGUUCGGUGGUUGACACCAUAUCCUGAUUUAAGGGAGUGUAGGUCUGGCUGGGUGAUUAAUCUAAAAAAGAGGAUUGAAAAUGGAGAAUCCAUCAAUAGUGUAGCAACUGAGUUAUCAUUGAUGACUUUCAUUAAGCCACUAUAUGCUGAUGAUCUAAAAGAUAUUGCAGAAAUUAUACAGCAGACACUUUCAAGAGCUAUUAAUGGCAUGGAAAAUUUUCAUGAUUUAUGGCAUCGAUAUCAUGUGUUACGAGAACUUUUACAGUCACUUUUGGAAACAAUUAGCAAUCUUUUAAAACAAGGUCAAAAUGCUUGGAAAGAUUUGUCUCCUUCUGACAGGCGACGGGUAGCCUCAUCCUUACUGGAUGGUUUAGAGGAAAGUGCUAUGCUAUUGGCUGAAUCUUCUGGAAAAGAUGAUUCCUUUACAUUGGCGGAAAGUAAUAUUUUCCUCUCAGUUUUGGUGCUCAGUACCAAACAAUCAGCCGCAGUCCAGUUACCCAUGCCUGAUGAUUUUCAUCUAGACGAUAAAGAAAACGAUUGGAUAAGAAUGGAAGAUACUUUAGUAAUUCCUCCUCAAGUGCUUUUAGACAUGUCAAGAAAUGAAAUAGCCCUCGCAAAAGUGGUUUUUGUGGUAUAUAGCGGUGUAGAUGAACUCCUAAAACCUGAACCUGGUUAUAUGUAUCGCAGUGGAAGGGAAAACUCAAGUUGGAAACUUAAUUCCAAAAUUCUUGCUACAUCUCUUGGAAAGCCUGAAAUGGCAAGAUUACCUCAACCUGUGAUAAUAACUUUCAGACACUUACAGGAGGAAAAUAUGACUAAUCCUAUAUGUGUGUUCUGGGAUUUUGAAAUGAGGGAAUGGUCGAAUGCUGGAUGUUGGGUUCAUGCUUCUAAUGUAACGCAUACUUCUUGUGCUUGUAAUCAUCUGACAAACUUUGCUGUCAUAAUGGAAGUGUCCAAUGUAAAGGCUCUACCAAUCCCUCAAGACGCAUUGCACGUGACAAUCACAGUAGGAUGUGGAAUCUGCAUCAUUUGCUUAAUAUUGACUAUCAUACCCAUUUUUCUACUCAGGAGCUUACGAGGGGAUUCAGUGACAGUCCACCGCAACAUCUUCCUUUGCUUAACAUUAACAGAAGUUGUUCUCAUCACUGGAAUUGAACAAACCUGGGAACCAAUUCUCUGUGCCAUCCUUGCUGCGUUGCUGGAUUAUUUAUUAUUGGCCACUCUUUGCUGGGCAUUUCUGGAAUGCUUUCAACUUUACGUGGAGCUUGCAGAUAUAUCACAACCCCAAAAGUCAAGAUGGGGAUGGUAUUAUGGACUUGCUUAUUCUGUGCCUGCAGUUAUUGUAAGCAUUGCAGCGAUCGUGGAUUGCAAGAGUUAUGGAACUAAUCGCUUGUGCUGGCUACGGGCAGAUAAUUACUUCAUUUUUAGUUUUAUUGGACCAGCUGUAGGCAUUUACUUUGGUGGAAUGGUGUUUCUUUGUGUAGCUAGCUGUAUAUUGUAUCAUCACUCCAGCCUUACAACUGCUAUAAAAGGGAAGGAAGAGGCAAAGUUGGCCAAAAUAAAGUCACACAUUCGCAGAGCAGUUCUCCUAAUGUGUAUUCUUGGGCUUACGUGGACUACAGGAUUAUUGUAUUUACACCAAGAGACUCUCACCCUUGCAUAUGCCUUUACAAUUCUCAACUCCGGCCAAGGAAUUUUUAUACUAGCCUUUUAUUGCAUUACAGAUGAAAAGAUACAACCAGAAUUGGAACGUCUCGGUGAUUGUCGCCUGUUGGGCCAUCUCCACCGAUCGAAAGGCCACUUACCGCCCCCUGCAGCCCUGACCCCUGGUUCCCCUGGCCAACACAGUGUGGGUAAUCCCUGCCCUCCCCUCUCUGUGGUUUGUCAGGAAGUCGAAAGUCCAAUCAAACAAGGAAACUGCUCUGUCAACCUCACUUCCACAACACUAGGUCCCCUAUAUACUACAUCAACCAGCAACCAAAUCGAGGAGAACCAUACGGCUGAAAUGCCCAAAGUCCAACAAGAAUUUUAUGGACCACUUCAGAAAGGGGCCGAGGUUUAUAACCAGAACACUGGAAAUCGCAUCGACCAUCAAGAAUCACCGUGCAAAGUUUGGCUGCCAUACGAAUGGAACCGUCGGCUGGAUCGACAGUAUCUGGGCACCGGUGAUCUGUAUGGUCCGUUCAGCGAACACAUUUACGAGAGUGUGGACGGCGACUACGGCUAUAAUGGACAUCCGAGAUCCCUAGGCGGCGAAUACUGCUACCGUUCCGACGUGAGCCAACAUUCCUCAUCCAGUUAUGGUUACGAUCAACGCCCUCUUCUCAUUUUGCCCCGACAUCCGGGACACGGGGACUAUGGAACCGGAAGACGCUAUUCGCCAGAUAAGCAUCGCAGGCGGCACAGAAACCACAGACGUUCGGUGGACAAUACAAAUACCGAAAAUAUCUCCACAGUCGUGGUGGAGCAAGACAGAGCUGUUUCGGAAGCAGAGAGGAACGAACAGCAGCCUUCCGAUGAACACGAGUGGAAUUUGCCCGACCUAUUGCGCUGUCCUGUCGACAACACGGUCGUCAUGGCGGUACUGGAUGGUGAAAAGGUCGUCAGUCGCGUUCAGCCCGAAUGUCCGCACUAUAAUCUCAGUACUUAUUGUUGAUAAUCAGCAAUUGUAUAUCAAAUGUAAAUAAUGAACGGACUCUGAUGGAAUGCAUCGGCAGCAAUCCACGGCACUGGAAGCAUUUUCGUGCGCUGCCGUAACUAGGAACUCAGCCGGUUUGAUAGUCAACUUCUGCCAAGAGCGUUACAGCUCAAAAUGCCUCAUUGAGUGAAACUGCUUAGCUGUUGCAGUAGCGAGAGAACUUCCUUUAUACAAGCUCAAUGAAUAAAUAUAUUUAUUUAUUACGUAGUUUGCCACACAUGGAAACUUUACCCCUGUGAAUAUUGCAAAAGAAACGACUCAUCGUGCAUCUCUAGUUACGGCUUUGCAUCCAGGGCAGCUAGUCGUAUGGGGCCUAGUCCUGCUUGUUUUUUUAAUGAAAAAAAUAUAGAUUAUGGUGUGUACUCAAACACUAUUCCUCAUGAUGCUGUUCUAAUUUAAUUAUGUUUAAUGAAUGGGAAUGGCUGUUUGGGAAAUGCUUUCCUAAAUAUGUGAUAGUUUUGUUUUUAAAAACAUCUUCAAGAGCAGUUGCUACAUCCUUCAUAAUGCCUGAUAAUGUGCCAUUAAAUAUACUCACUUAAAGUUCCAAACAACAAUAACAUAUUUGAAACAGUGAAUGUAGUGGUGCUUUCAUUCAAAACAUUGUUUUUUGAGUGCAAAAUCUUAAUUUUUAUUGCGUAAAUUAUUGUCUGAAGUGAUUGGUUUGCAAAAUUAUGUCAAAAACAAAUAUACUCUAUGUUUCUUUUCUACACUGAAAUUUAACCACAAUACUUCACGCAGUUUCACUCACUUGAAUUAUGUUUUAGUUAUCAAUCAUAUUUUUAUCAAAAUCAGUUUCAAGACAAAAUGCAUAGCACUGAAUCAGGGUAUCUCAUAAGACAAUGAGUGAUAUUAAAAUUUAAAACAUGAUAUUUGAAGCUAAGUUCUGGUAAAUGUAGAGCAGAAAAAAAAGACAAUCGGUCUCACAUAAUUUUCAUCUUUUGAAAAGACUUGCUGUAAAAAAUCUACAAAUAUAAUUUUAAGACAAUGUCGACUUAAGUUUUUAGUUUUCUAAUUACUGAAAGAUUUCUUAUUAUCUUGCCACAUAUAUCAUAAUCCAAAUGUUGUAUAGGACAAAUACAUUGAGUAUAUUUUACGAAAUAAUUAUAAUGCGUUAAGUGAUAAAAAUAAAAUUGUGAUUAAUAGAGUCAUAAAAAUUUAAAACAUCUGUUUAAAUAAAAUAUAGCAAUGUCACUUAAUUACUUGGAUAAAUAAAUGUGAUGUUUACGUUUAUCUAAUUAAAAAAUAUAUUGCAUACUUAAAAGAAAUAAGUGAAAAUUUAAUCCUUUUCAAGUUGAACAAUCCAUUCAUCUCCACUUAUUUCUGUUACAUGAUUUAAGUGAUGCAACUAUGUUCCUUUUCUUUGUUUUUUCUUUUUUUUUUUAAACUAUUUGUAUGUGAUACAAUUUCUCUGUAAAUGUGUUUGUAUGCUGUGACUGUUUGCAGUUUUCGAAUAUGAAUUUUGUAGAUCAAUGUUUCUCAUUGCAGUUUAUUUCAUGGACAAUUAAUCUUUCAGUUCAAUUUCAUCCUUUUAUGGCUAUCAUUGUGAUUUAGUUUUUCUAAGGUUAUAUGGAAGUUGUUCAUAUUGUUUG